UCUCUUCCAUUGUCCUCACCCCUCCAUCUGGGUUCUCUUCUGCAGAUGGAAUUAGGGGGUUCACACCACCGCCCCCCCCAAAUCUCUCUCUCCUCCCCUCCACCUCUCUUCCACUGUCCUCACCCCUCCAUCCUUCUUUCAGGAGCUGAAAACAGUUUUGAGACGACGGAUCUGAAGUACGAGAACAUUUCCAACCCCUGGAGCCCCGGUGACUUCAUUGUCCAAUCCCGGUUGGACAGACGCCUGAGGACCAGUGAGAAGGCAGCCGCCUUCAGAUUCGGGGAGUCAUUGCCUCGGUACCUGAUGUUCAUGAACCCCAACAAGAAGAACAAGUGGGACCAUUACAGGAGCUACCGGAUCCAGUACAAUUCCCACGCCCACAGCGUGCUGCCACGGAAGUGGGACGCAGAGAGAGGAAUCGCCUGGUCCAGGUACAGCCUGGCGGUGACGCGGCACAAGGACUGGGAGCUGGCCAGUAACAGUAUGUACAUCCAGAACGACCCCUGGGAUCCCGUCACCUACUUUGAGAAUUUCAUCCGCAACAACGAGGACAUUGUCAACAAGGACCUGGUGGCCUGGGUGACCGUUGGAUUCCUCCACAUCCCCCACUCUGAGGACAUCCCCAACACUUCCACCCCAGGGAACUCAGUGGGAUUCUUCCUCCGACCCUUCAACUUCUUCGAUGAAGAUCCAUCGGUGGCCUCCAGGUCCACAGUCAUCGCGAGACCAACAGACAAGACCUUCAGUAAAGUGACCAUCAAACGCUGGACUCCGGACGUUGUUGGUCAAUGUGUGUCUGACAAACCCUUCCGUUACAAUGGCACCUACUUCUCCGACUGA